CAAAAAACUCCAAAGUCGCCGCUUUAUAGACUCAAAUAAAAACGUGAAGAAAAUUUUUUAAUAUUAUAUGUACCUAUUUUUGUGAAAUUCUAAUCCCAUUUUGAUAACAUUUAUUAAAUAACGAUAAAAAGAACAAAAAAUAUAACAUGGGGGACUAUGAUUCAAAUAUAAAUAUUGAUGAUAAGGAACUGCAAGAAUUUCUAAUGGUGGAAAAGCAAAAAGCCCUAGUAAAUGCCCAAAUACACGAAUUCAACGAGAUAUGUUGGGAUAAAUGUGUGGACAAACCCAGUAACAAAUUGGAUUCAAAAACAGAAACGUGCCUUAGCAAUUGCGUCAAUAGAUUUAUAGAUACAUCUUUAUUAAUUACAAAUAGAUUUGGCCAAAUACUACAGAAAAGUCAAGAAGGAAUGUAGUGUAAAGAAAUAUUAAAGUAAUUAGAAAGUAAUUUGCCGUUUUAUAGUGUUAUAAAAUUGUAAUGAAUUUCAAAAGGCAUUGAUAUGUAGGUUCAAUUUGAUUAAAGGCAAA